CGGCUGCAUGGCGGUGACGUAGUCGGCUGGUCAUGCUGCGGAGUUAGGUUUUCUGUUUCUGAACUCGUCACACUUUUGCCAUCAUGGGGAUCCUCGAGAAGAUCGCCGAGAUCGAGAGAGAAAUCGCUCGGACGCAGAAGAACAAAGCAACUGAAUACCAUCUUGGUCUACUAAAAGCCAAGCUAGCUAAGUACAGGGCCCAGCUUUUGGAGCCUACAAAAUCAGCUGGAGCCAAAGGUGAAGGCUUCGAUGUUAUGAAAUCAGGUGAUGCUCGGGUUGCUUUAAUUGGGUUUCCAUCAGUUGGCAAGUCUACCUUUCUGAGCUUAAUGACAUCAACAGAAAGUGAAGCAGCUUCAUACGAGUUCACUACUUUGACUUGUAUCCCUGGUGUUAUUGAGUACAAAGGUGCCAACAUACAGCUGCUGGAUUUGCCUGGAAUUAUUGAAGGAGCUGCUCAAGGCAAGGGUAGAGGCAGGCAAGUCAUAGCUGUAGCCAGAACUGCAGAUGUGGUCAUCAUGAUGCUUGAUGCAACCAAGGGAGAUGUUCAGAGGGAACUGCUGGAAAAAGAGCUUGAAUCUGUUGGGAUCAGACUAAACUGUUCCAAACCCAAUAUUUACUUUAAGCCUAAGAAAGGUGGAGGUCUCUCCUUUAACUCAACCGUUCCUCUUACACAAUGCUCUGAGAAGCUAGUUCAGCUUAUUCUUCACGAGUACAAAAUCUUUAAUGCUGAGGUUUUGUUCAGAGAAGACUGCACACCGGAUGAAUUUAUUGAUGUCAUUGUAGGUAAUCGUGUGUACAUGCCUUGCUUAUAUGUGUACAACAAAGUGGAUCAGAUUUCAAUAGAGGAAAUAGACCGUCUUGCUCAUCGACCAAACAGUGUUGUGAUUAGCUGUGGCAUGAAACUAAAUCUAGACUACCUCCUGGAGCAGUUGUGGGAAUACCUGGCUCUGAUCUGUCUCUACACAAAGAAAAGAGGAGAGCGACCAGAUUUCAAUGACCCAAUCAUUAUGAGAAGGAGUGCAUCAGUAGAACAUGUGUGCCACAGAAUUCACAGAACAUUAGCGAGCCAAUUCAAGUACGCACUUGUCUGGGGAACAAGCACAAAAUACAGCCCGCAGCGAGUAGGACUGACGCACAUUAUGGAACACGAGGACGUCAUUCAGAUUGUGAAGAAAUAAUCUCAUGGCCUCAUUAUUACAAUUACAUGAAAUGACACCAUCUUCUGUUCUGCUUUAUUUUUUUUAAGUACAUAUUUCAAUUGCCCAGACAUUAUUGUUAAAAGUCUUUAUCAAACAUUUUGUUAGGAAAAUAAAAAAACACAUCUGAAUUUUUGUUAGAACACAUAUAAAGGUUAUAGAAAAAAUGCUUAAAUGAAAUCAGAUAUUGGAACCUAACAGGCAUGAAUUGAUCAAAUAAUUGAUUUGACAGAUUUCAGGUCAAUAAACCUUUUGGCAGUAUGUGCAAAUGAAAAGCAAUAAAAUUUAUGAGGUUUUAGAA